AUGGCGUUUGCCAUAGUUAACCGCGCUCGAUAUCCAGUUUCUUCUGCAGAACAUCCAUUGCUUACUUCUAAUCCUCAUCAUCUUGUCCAUAACAUCGAGUAUUAUCAGUCUUUUGGUACUUACAAUUCUCUGUCGGAUUUUGUUAGCACUCAAUAUUCUGCUGAUACCAGCAGGCUUUUGGCUACUUACAUGCCAUACCAUUCAUUGCCCGAGUCACUCAAAAGCCGCACUAGCAGUUCUAAGAUUGUGUAUUUGUGUAGAAAUCCAAAAGACAACUUCAUAUCACUAUGGAACUAUUUAAACAAAAGAGGACCCAACAUUGCAAACCCAUUUCCAAUCGAAAAGGCGUUUGAGCUGUUCUGUAAUGGCAUUUCAUUAUUUGGUCCAGUUUGGGACAAUGUCCUUGGGUACUGGAAAGCAAGCUUGGAAAACCCCGAAAAAGUGUUGUUUUUGAAGUAUGAAGAUUUGAAGAAAGAACCCAAGUCUCAUUUGAAGAAAUUGGCCGAGUUCUUAGGCUUUCCAUUUUCGGUUGAGGAAGAGAAAGGACAGGUUAUUGAAGAUAUAUUGAAGUUAUCAAGUUUUGAAUUCAUGAAGAGUUUGUUAGUGAAUAAAGAAGGAUCUGUUAAUGGACUUGGUUUUGAAAACAAAAUAUUUUUCAGGAAGGGUGAAGUUGGGGACUGGAAGAAUCAAUUGACAUCUUCAAUGGUUGAACGAAUCGACGGCCUUUUUGAAGAGAAGUUGCGUGGUUUCGGAUUGGUGUUCGAAAGCUAA